CCGAAAGUGGACUAGUUAACGUUAGUUAGUGCCCUGGCUGCCUGAUUGGUUGGCCUGUGCCUUUCGAUAAGCAAUCGCCAGAACACGUGAUAACCCCCCCUGGCUUUCUGUUUACUGCGCUUUCCCUGUCACCCGUUUGGUUGACGCUGACCCAGUUCGUCACGCAGCGCAUCCGCGACCGAGCUUGAAGGGUCGUCAUGUCCACCACAAUCGUGACAAACAAACACAAACACUUAUCAAAUGGAUUUGCCUGGAUUCCCUGGAACUUUCAACGUCAGCAUGAACAUCUUGAGCUCCAAUUUCCCGCCAUUCGCAGUUCCCAUCCACGGACCUGACCGGAGCAUUGACCUGAAUGCCAGUCAGCUGGACCGUGUGCGCGAGAAGGUCGAGCGGAUCGGCGAUCGGCUCAAUCCGCUGGAGGUGAAGGCCGUCGCGAUCGACGCUCAGCUCGGUCGGUUGAAGGAGAAAGUCGAUGGAAUCGGCGCGCGGCUCAAGCGGCUGGAGUCUCAAUUCGAUCGCGUCGUUUUUGAAAACACGCGCAUGGCAGCGCGCUUCCAGAACUCCACCCUCAAGAAUCCUGCCCUGCCAAUUGCACCCCUCCCUGCCCUUCACCCGGUUCGCGGCAUCGUCCACCCCGACCUCAGCCAAUUCCCCCGCCAUGCCAAAGAGUUCUAUGCGUUAAGGCAUCCCUCCAACGACCGUCAACGACGGAUGCUUUCGUACCUCAUUUCCUUCUACGACAUCCGGAUCUCUGCCGCCGAGAACAGCGACGACGAAGUGGGAGCAGACCCGGAUGAGAGGGCCGUCGAGAUGUUAGAGGCGAUCCUUGGUCUGAACGAGGACAACUUCAUCAGGUUCAGGGAAAGGGCCCGUGAGCCGGGCCGUCCGUCUGCGCCACCCGCCAUCAAGCGCUCCUCGUCGCCUGCUCUAGAGGUGCAAGAUGCAAAACGUCGUCGACCCAAGCGCGAGCCACGCCAGUAGCUCGAAUGCCCCAGUCUCUGCCCUCGCCCUCUUUUAGACUGGACCGAGACGGGCUGACAACACAUGCGGUGACCAUGCCAAUCGCGUUCCGAAAAUCAGUUUCAGCUCCGCGACCCAGCAAGUUGUCGAUUGCAGCGCUGCUGAUGAAGGAGUUUCAGUUCACCAGGUUGAAGUGUUGAGGACGGAAAGGUUGAGGCCCAGCGGCCGGCUCCGUCGAGGAAGCCCUUCCGAUUGAAUUAUUGCCAUAGUGUUGUUUAAUAGAGU